AUGUCCACCGCCGCCGGAGGAGCGACGCAGACAACCAGGGUGGCGGGUGCUGAUUCUGCCGUCGUGCACUUCCGAGUAGACUACAAGCAGUUGAUGGAGCAUCCCGGCGGCGAGGCCAUCCGCUCCGACGAGGUCCCCGUCGGCGGGCAGUUCUGGAGGAUCGACUGCUACACCGGAGGGACAAGGGAGCAUCAUGCCUGGAGCUUUCGUUGGGACCGCCACCACCGACUCGUUUCCAUCUUCCUCAGGCGCCUCACCAGAUCACCGUCGUCCGCAGGCGCCAUCACGGCCAUAUUCGAGCCCUUCCUCCUGGGCAAGGACGGCAGGCCAUCUCGCAACAUCACAAAGUUGGCGGCCGUCUACGAGCACCAGGAAACUAGUGACAUCGGCGCCGACGACCUGGGCUACCCCGAGUUCGUGGAGCGGACUUGUCUGCGGGGAUACGAGAUCGAUGGAUACGUCACGUUUCUGUGCACCAUCGUGGUCGUCAACGAGCUUCUUGGCCCGAUCCCCGUGCCAGCCUCGGACCUCGAGGGCCAUCUCGGCACCCUGCUGGAGGACGACGGGGCCGCGGACGGCGAGACGUUCCACGCGCACCGGGCGCUGCUCGCGGCCCGCUCGCCGGUGUUCAAGGCGCAGCUCUUUGGAUCCAUGCUGGAGGCUAAAACAUCGUCGUCCAUCACAAUACACGAGAUCUCACCCUCGACGUUCAAAUCCAUGCUUCGGUUCAUCUACACGGACGAGUGGCCCAGAGACAACGUCGACCAAGAGCUUGCUUGCGACUCAAAGCCGUCCAUUGACAUGUUUCAGGACCUACUUGCCGUCGCCGACCGGUAUGCGCUGGACCGUCUGAAGCUCAUGUGCUCACGAAAGUUGUGGGAUAAUGUGACGGUAGAUAAUGUUGCGGCCAUCUUAGUUUGUGCUGAAACAUAUGGCUGUCCAGAGUUGAAGAAAAAUUGCAUGGACUUCUGCACUGUGGAGGAGAAUUUCAAGCAGGUGGCGUCCAAUGAUAUCUAUGCAGUGCUAGAGUUGAGAUUUAUGUCUAUUGCUGCUGAGAUACGAGAAAAGGCUAGCACAUCAAAACUCAAAUGA